AAACUGCAACUGAACUGAAAUACGAGGUUGUUUACAGUAACUUGGCGAUAAUUUUGUCCUUUCAACGGUUCAACCAGUGAACCAAACUGAAAGCUAUCUCUCCACCCAAACUGAAGUCUUUCAGCUUCUUGAGUAUUCUGUCUGUCUAUUCUUUGGUUGCUUCUGAUGUUUAUGGGGUAGCUUGAGUUAGGAUGGCUUCCUUCAUUCCCAUGAAUGUUGCAUGUCCAUUUGCCAUUUCAUGCUCUAGUAACAAGAUUCAAGGCACUGAUGAAUAUAAACUACAAUCAAGGAGCUCAGGUAUUUUGUCAUCUAAAGAAGAAGCAACUCGUCGCCAGCUUCUUGCAUUAGGUCUUGCCAGUCCUUUGGUUACACUCAUAACAUUCAACUGCGGCUCAACGGUGCUACCAGCUUGGGCAGAGGAUCAAGAGAUUCAAGACAAGGAUGAAAGUGUGGUUGGAGCUAUUAAGUCCUUGUUUGAUCCAAAUGAGACAACAAAGUCAGGAAAAGUCUUACCAAAGGCUUACUUGAACUCAGCAAGAGAGGUGGUGAAGACACUGCGUGAAUCCGUAAAGGAAGACCCAAACGACAUGUCUAAGUUUAGACGAACGGCUGAUGCAGCAAAGGAAUCCAUCAGGGAAUACCUGGGUGGAUGGAGAGGAGAAAAGUCAGUAGUCAAUGAGGUGUCAUAUGUUAUGCUAGAGAAAGCUAUUAGAUCUUUGGCCAGCUUUUAUUCGAAGGCAGGGCCAUCUGCUGCACUUCCAGAAGAGAUAAAGUUGGAGAUCCUAGAUGAUCUGAAUAAAGCGGAAGAAGGAUUGUAACAUGGGGUAGAAAGUCACAAGAUACAAUUGUUAUAGAAAGAAAUUAAAGAAUUAUAACAUGUUUCUUGAUAUACAUAGUAAGAAAGGCUAAUGUAUUAUAUUAUCCUAUGUUGCAUUAUUCAUCCUAUGUUGCAUUAUUCAUGAUUGAGUUCUCUUUUUUCAUCUUUGGGUCAAAUGAGAGCACAUGCUCAAUUAGAUCUAAGUCUCCUUGAUAAAGGUAAAUUUUUAUCAAACUGUCUUUGGUUGCA